CUUUUAACAAAAAAAAGUUGUGAUAAUGUAGUAUAUAUCAUAUAAUAUAGAGGUAGCCAAUGAAUAACCAAACAAAUAACCCAUAUAAGCAGACGAGGUACUCUAUCAACCAGUUUUCUGUAACCAAACAAAUAACCUAUGCACCAGUUUUCUGUAAAUUAUAGGUAACCAUUGCAAUAACCAAACAAACUAUUUUCAGUAACAGAUGGCUAACCAAGCAAAUAGCCAAUGAAAAGGACGCUGUUAACCAAAGAGUAACAGAUAGUUUUCCAAAAUAGUUGGCAUAACUAAUGCAUUAAUUACUAACUUUUACCCGUCUUGUAGGGUUGUCAUUGAAGUUGGCGAUGUUCUUGUGUGGUCAUGUGCUAUCGUGAAGUAAUCACUCUUCAAAUGAAGUCGGUUAGGUAUGUUCCAGCUGAUAUAGCGCAUGUUUUAGCUCUUGAACCGUAUAAAAAUUUUAUGAGGAUGACAAAAGUUAUGUGGAGAAUGAAAAAAGUCGAAAUCUAGUUAUUUCUACAAAUGUAUUUUUUGGAAAAAUAAGAUCUCAUAUAUUAAGACUAAAUAAUUGUUGCAUAAAGUUUAUUUACCAAUUCCAUAAUUAAAUAUGAGCAUUGAUAUUUACAUAUGCUAUCAAUUAUCAUUAAAAUAUUAACCAUACAUAUGUAUGUACUUAACUACUAUUUUCCAUGUUUUGUAUAAAUUUAUGUGUAGAAUAUUACUUUGCUAAAUUGCACUUUACGCAACAAAACAUAAAACACGAGGCAUUGGCAUUUCAUCUUAGCUGAUAUCAUGCGACCGGAAUUAUAUAUUCAUGUACAUGUUGCCUGUUCAUAAUUGUGUGGAAAUGAAAACAGCUCUGUCAAGCCACCAAAAUUACAGAUCUUUGCUAGCUAUCGAUGGCAUGAAAUAUAUUUUGAAAUCAAUUGCUGAACUUUAGCAAUGUGCAGUCUCAUUUGGCAAUAUUGCCAACAAUACAGAUAUUUAGCAAUCUUAACUUGCUUGUCGAGAUGCCCCGUAUGAGAGGAAGGAGUGAUCACACUUUCCAUCUCUCUUUUUUUGGCAUGGCAGAGGAAUUAAGGAAUAAACUGUACAAAUAUCGCCUUACAAAACAGAGGCAGAAGGUAUUUCAGAUAUUUAAAUCAAAAUUCCGUGAAUUCUGGAUGCUGGGUAUGAGACAGCCUAGUUUGAGUAAGGGAGAACAAAUCAGCAUUGAUGUAAUUGAAACUGAUGUUGAUGGGACCAAAUUUCAAAACCUGAAUUCAAAUGUUGAAUUUACUAAGAAAGUGGAACAUGCAUUGCCAGAGAGCUCUGAUGAUGAAGAUGAAAUGGGUACAGUAUCUGAAGAAAAAUCUUCAUCAGAUCUCUUCAGAUAUGCCUUAAGUGUAAUGGUUACAUUGUUUUGGAUAACCCUCUAUUUUAUUGCUAUAAAAUUACAAUUUGGAACGGUUUAUUUAAUGAUCUCAGCAUUGAUUGCAAUUUAUUUAAAUACGAGAACUACACCGAAAAAAAAUAAUGAAAUCAGUGCUUAUAGUGUAUUUAACGAAAAUUGUGAAAGUAUAGCUGGAACGUUAAAAGCUGAUCAGUUUGAGCGUGAAAUUAUAUACGGCAUUCUUAAUAAAAAUUAACUUUUCAGUGAUGCAUACUUGGCUCAGUUAAAAUCCGAUAAAAACAAACGUCAACCACAUUUAACUUAUGUUUUAUAAAUAAUAAUGCAUCGAAAAAUGACAUCCUUUGGAUUGUUGGAAGAUUGGGUUUAAAAUAGCAUCUCCCGAAUUUGGAGGAAUUAAAAUGAGUGUGAUAGAGGACGUUCUCUAGAUUGGUUGUCGCUGACUUACGGUUAUUGAGAUAUUUUCUUUUAAAGUUCAAAAAUUCAACUAUUUAAGUGUGUUUCUUUGAUUUAUCGUGAAUUUUACACUUAAAUUUUUCACUUUUAUAUUCACUAAAACUACUCUAAUUCGUUUCUACACAUUUGUUUUGUAUUAAAUAUUGCAAAACUAACUUUCAUAUAAUAUUUAACUUUGGUUCAAAUCCAUUUAUUCAUGCAGUAACAAAAUUGUUGCAUGCAAACAAAAAAUAAGUGUCACCGUAUUUUGCAAACGAUAAAAAAUAAAUAAAAAAGAUAAAUUAUAUCGUCAGAAUUUCUUUUCUCUUGGUAAAUCCUGUUGUUGGAUCGAUCAGGAUUGUUUUUGUUUUUUUUUGUUUUUGAAACGCGGCCCAAGGUCUUCAAUACAUAAUGGAAUUCUACGCAAAAAACUAAAAAUGUGUUAUUUCUUUCUUGUCAUUAGGGUAUUAUUUUUUCUUUUAGUUCCUUUGUAAAAUAUGUAGAUAAGAUAACACUGAUUAUUUAUUAGAAUGUUAGAUAUUGAAUUAAAGUUAUUUAUGUAUUACUUAGUAUAAAAAGCAAAUAUCUUAAAAACCAUAAGCCAGCGGCAACUUAAUUUUUUAUAUAAGUUAUAUUUUUAUUAAAUUUUACUGUUCCUUUAUUCGGUAGCGACGGUGUUGUCGACUACCCACGAACUAUUUAAAUACUAGUUAUUUUUUUAUUAUCACCACUUUUACUUUGUUCGGUAGCGACGGUGUUGUCGACUACCCAUGAACUAUUUAAAUAAUAUUCCGUUUAUGCGAUAGCGACGGUGUUGUCGACUACCACGGAAUUAUGUUAUUUUAAAUAAACACAAGUUGAGUUCCGUUCUAAAAUGUUUUAUUAAAAUUACAUUUAUCUUAUUUAUAACCUACUAUUACUAUCGCCGCUACUGCCAUUGACGCUGCUUUCCUAAGUUUCUGCUGACGCCUAAGCUUGUGUAAGACAUUGCGUUACAUCCACCGGUCGGUGGUUACUGCAAGGUGUUGAAUUGCGGCUGUCGGUCAUUCAAAAAUCCAAACUGCAAUUUUGGCAGUUCAAGAGACUGACUUAGUUAACUAUUGUUAACUUAUAUUUUCUUAAACAGGAGGACCCCUAUCCGCUCAUAUCCAUUUCAACCAAAUUCGGGGAUGCUAUUCUAAAAUUUAACCUUGUUGGAUUUUAAACGCAAAUACAGGGUAGCGCACGAAUCGUGCCACAAAAACAAAACGUAAUAACUUUUUAAUCAAUGCAUUACAUUUAUUUUUUUUAUUGUAUAGAAGCGUUUCGUAUAUGACCUUGCUCAGCCACUCGUAUGCGAUACCUAAUUAGAAAGUUAUUCAUUGCGGCCUGAAGGGUUGAACUCCUGAUUACCUCAAUUAUUGAUUUAAUGGACUGCUUCAAAUCUGCCAGAUUUCUGGGUUUUGUUUUGUUCACCUCUUGAUUGACAUAACCCCAUGAAAAGUCUGGUGCAGUCAGGUCAGGUGAUCUUGGGGGCCAACGGGAGGUGGAGUCUUUAUAAUAGUUUGUUUUCUAAUUUUCGAUGGAGCUCCGCAAUAACCGGUCUGGCUAUGUGAGCUGCCACGGAGAAGGACGGAAAUGACGGACUGCAAAGCAUGCUGCCGCUGCAUUAUCUAAACCCUCUUUUCGGUAUCCAAAGUCAAUUGUAAAAAAUUUAAAUAAUAACCUGCCCAAUAAAAAAGUAAGUCAAUUGCCCACACAAGUUAUUACGGUUUAUUUUUGUAGCACGAUUCGUGCGCCACACUGUAUCUUACAAACAUCUGUGGCUAUAUACAGUUACUGACAAUGAAGUGCUCCGCCUUUAGAAUACCGUGCGUAUAUUUGAAGUUUAAAAUGAAUUUUACACUUAUAUUUUUCCACUCCACUAACACUUCACUAAUUCGUUUGUACAUAUUUAUUUUAUAUUAUAUAGUUCAAAAAUAGCUUUCUUUCUAUGUAUAUUUAACUUAGUGUUCAAUUCUAUUAAUUAACACAAUAACAAAAGGGUUGCUAAAUGACAAGUAUCCAGUAUUACCUUAUCGACAUCUUUUGUAAAUGAAUUGAAAGAAAUAAAGAACACAAUUAAAAAUUUCAACUA